AUGUCUGGCCCUCUCACGGUUCUCGUGUCCUCGCGGGCCAUUCUCGCGGGCCCCGACGGGUCGCUCGCCGAGUCACCCGCGACCAUUACCAUGUCCCCCGCCACGGGCAAGAUUGUCGCGGUCGAGCGCGCUGUCCGGCCGCGCGCCGACUUUCCCAGCGACACCACCUACGUGGACCACUCGCCCAAGGUGCUCCUCCCGGGCCUGGUGGACGCGCACGUCCACCUCAAUGAGCCGGGACGCACCGAGUGGGAGGGCUUCUGGACGGGCACGUGCGCCGCGGCGAGCGGCGGCGUCACGACCGUCAUUGACAUGCCGCUCAAUGCGAUCCCGCCGACGACGACGAUGCACGGGUUCCGGGAGAAGCUCGCGGCGAGCCGGGGGCAGUGCUGGGUCGACGUUGGAUUCUACGGCGGCGUCAUUCCUGGUAAUGCGGAUGAGCUGAAGCCGCUCGUGGAGGCGGGUGUCCGCGGCUUCAAGGGCUUCCUGAUUGAAUCUGGUGUGGAUGAGUUUCCAGCCGUGACGGGCAAAGAUGUCGCUCUCGCCAUGGAGACGCUCAAAGACUCUCCCACGACGCUCAUGUUCCACGCCGAGAUGGUACCGCACGAAGGCGCGCCGAGCAUCGACGCCAACAGCGCCGAUGCCACCGCCUACCAGUCCUUUCUCGACUCGCGGCCGCCAUCCUUUGAGACGUGUGCCGUCGAGGAGAUCCUCUCGCUCGCGCACCUCGCACCGCAGCUGGCCCUCCACAUUGUGCACCUCUCCGCCGUGCAGGUGAUUCCGCUGCUCAAGGCGGCGCGCGCGCGCGGCGUGCGUAUCACGGCCGAGACGUGCUUCCACUACCUAGGCCUUGCGUCCGAGGAGAUUGACAACGGCGACACGCGGCACAAGUGCUGCCCGCCGAUCCGCGACGGCCGCAACCGCGACGGCCUGUGGGCGGAGCUCGUCGCGCCCGACUCGUGCCUCGCGACCGUCGUGUCGGACCACUCGCCGUGCACGCCUGCGCUGAAGCUGCUGCCCGCGCACCUGCAAAAGCAAGAGGCCGCCGCCGCCGCCGAGGUAUCGGAGCAGAAGAACAAGGGUGACUUCUUUGCGGCCUGGGGCGGCAUCUCGUCCGUUGGCCUCGGCUUGCCCAUCCUUCACUCAUCCGCCAAGGCCCGCGCGGCGGCCUCGUCGGCGGCGCCGGUGCCCAGCCUGGUCGACAUGGUGCGCCUCUGCUGCCAGGCGACGGCCGAGCAGGUCGGACUCGCGCACCGCAAGGGUGCGCUCCGGGCGGGCCUCGACGCCGAUGUGUGCGUCUUUGACGACGAGGAGACGUGGACCUUUUCGCAUGGAGACAUGCGCUGGAAGAACCGCUGCUCGCCGUGGGAGGGCCACGAAUUUACGGGACGCGUCCGGGAGACGUGGCUGCGUGGCACCAAGAUCUUCGAGCACGGCGCGGGCGACGGCGGGUUGGUCACGGAGAAGCCGGUUGGUGAAACCAUUACGGAGAAGAGAACGUAG